UCGAGCAACCUUCGAGUUGUCCGUUCAGUUUGAUAGUAACAUUUGUCGUGUUCGGUUUGUGUAUGAAAUCGGUCUGGUGUCUUUUGACGAUAUUAUAUCUUGUAUCUUGGCCGAGAAGAAGUUAAGAUACCACUCUAGUGGUAGAUAAAUUUUUGGAGUUUUGAUUAUAAGGAGACGAAGUGUAGAGUGUUCAUUGAAUGCAGAAUGUGAUAGUUGAGAAGGUGCGAUUUUGAUAAUGCAGUGAUAUAUAUUGUAUCUUAUCCGAAAAUUCAAGGAUAUACCUGUCUAUCCCCUGUUACACAAUUUUUUUAGUGAUAGUGCACUAAAGUGAGUUCGACAGUUGCAAUCGGUUUUUUAAACAGGAUUAAUUAUCUUGGAUAUUGGGGCGGUAGUAUAGGCUUGAUCGACUUUCAUUCAAGGUUUCAUUCCACCAGAAUGGGCUAGAACUGGGUCGUCACAAUGGACACUACAUAACAGACAACGAGCUCUGGAGUCCUUUUGUUAUCACAAAACCACGAAGAUGCUCCUACAUCCCUUUACAAUCAACAAACCAAGCGAAAAGCAACAGCCAGGAACACUUCUAUCGGUGAAACACUGGUCAAGUGCCUGAAACAGUCGCAACUCCAACUAGGGUCCCUUUUGAUUAGUGCAUCUAAGUCAAAAUUGAAAGUAACAAUUCCACGACGAACCUCAUGAUGUAAGCGUACGCAACGCCCUAUAUUCAGUGAACCGCGAAGUGGAACGAACGGCAUAAAAACCAAGCCAGGGAUGAAAAAGUUUAAACGACACUUUAAAGUGCAAUUGAAUUAGUGCAAGUACGAAUGCAGAGCAUGCAAAUCACCGCAAAAGGAAAGGAUACAAAAAAUAGUGUGAGAGGCUAAGUCGAGAGUGGCUGUGUAAUUUGUGUGCAUCUGUUCAUGAAAAAUAAAAACGCAAAAGUGCUUUUGUUUUACUCCCCCUUUUUGCCAAGGAAGCAGUUCCCGGGGGUGGCAACGGUUGCACCACAGUUGCAUAGUGCCAGAGUGAUUGCAUUUUUGUAGCAAUUUUUCUGUGUUUUUUAUAAAAGUUUCCAAACGCCAAAAACAUACUUGCUGCUAAACCACCAAUUUCGAACGUUUCUGGCCAUCGAUAAAAUCCCCAUUUCGGCAGAAGCUAUUCAAGCAGCUACAUCCCCCUUCCUCCCGAGCACGGCCAAUCGAACCAAAGAUACUAGUGAGAGGGUUAACUCAGUGAAAUCGGGUUCGCGCUCUUUCCGGUGUCUGCUUUGUUACGUAUCCAAUAUUUUUUUCGGGUUUUCUUUUGUUCUGGGAAAUUUACGUUGCGGGCGGUUUUCACUUUCGGUUUUAUUUAUGUGAAAUAUGUCGCGACCAGUAGCCCCAUUAAAUGGGGUGGUUCGGGCUGCCACCACAUUCCUGAUUUCAGCAUUGGCAAUAGUAUCUUUUCGGGGACCGUUAUCUGUUUUAGCGGAACCGUAUGGUAGUGGCGUUGGAAUACAUAUAGCCGGUGGUGGUAGUGGGGGUAUUAGUAGUUUUGGGGGAGGGUAUUUGAGUGAAUCGGCAGGAACAGCGAUAACAACGAGAUGUCCUAGGAUUUGUACGUGUAAUGGACAAACUGUUGAUUGUUCACAUCGUGGAUUGACACAGGUGCCAAAACGGAUACCAGCUGAAACGGAAAGGCUCGAUCUCCAAGGAAACAACAUUACAGUGAUUUUCGAAUCGGAUUUCCAGCAUCUGUCCAAGUUACGGAUAUUGCAAUUGACGGAUAAUCAGAUACAUACGAUCGAAAAAGAUGCGCUUCAAGAUUUAAUAUCAUUGGAACGACUACGCUUAAACAGCAAUCGACUUAAGGCUAUUCCUGAUAACUUUGUGACAAGUUCAGCGAACCUUCUGCGAUUGGACCUGUCUCACAACAGCAUCACGUCCGUAGCGCGAAGGGUUUUCAAAGGAGCGCAGUCUUUGCGUAGCUUGCAGCUGGACAAUAACCAAAUUACAUGCCUGGAUGAACAAGCGUUUAAGGGACUCGCAGAUUUAGAGAUUUUAACUCUCAACAAUAAUAAUCUGACAAGUUUACCACACAACGUGUUUGGAGGAUUGUCCAGGCUUCGUGCACUUCGUUUGUCGGACAAUCCAUUUGCAUGCGAUUGUCAUCUGUCGUGGUUGUCCAGAUUCUUGCGGAGUGCACCACGUCUUGCACCAUACACAAGAUGCCAGUCACCGAGUCAACUCAAGGGACAAAACGUGGCCGAUCUGCACGAUCAAGAGUUCAAAUGUUCAGGAUUGACAGAGAAUGCGCCAAUAGAAUGUGGAGCGACGAGUACGUGCCCGCAUCCUUGUCGAUGUGCCGAUGGAAUUGUUGAUUGUCGAGAGAAGAGCCUUACAAAUGUUCCGCAAUCUUUACCCGAUGAUACCACGGAGUUACGUUUGGAGCAAAAUUACAUCACGGAGCUUCCUCCAAAGGCGUUUGCAAAUUUCCGGCGUCUGAGACGUAUCGAUCUAUCGAAUAAUAACAUCUCACGAAUGGCUCAUGAUGCUUUUAGUGGCCUCAAGGCGUUGACAACAUUAGUUCUCUACGGGAAUAAAAUCAAAGAUUUGCCUUCAGGAGUAUUCAAAGGAUUGUCAUCGUUACAGCUAUUGUUACUCAAUGCGAAUGAGAUCUCCUGCAUACGAAAGGACACAUUUCGAGAUUUACAUAGCCUAAGCCUACUGUCGCUCUACGAUAAUAACAUCCAGUCGAUGGGCAAUGGAACCUUCGACUCAAUGAAAAGCAUUCAAACACUACAUUUAGCAAGGAAUCCAUUUAUCUGUGAUUGUAACUUGAGAUGGCUGGCUGAUUAUCUACAUAAGAAUCCGAUUGAGACGAGCGGUGCACGAUGUGAUGCACCAAAAAGGAUGCAUCGGAGACGUAUUGAAGCACUCAGGGAUGAGAAAUUUAAGUGUACUGAUGAAUAUCGAACAAAGUAUGCUGGUGAAUGUCGAAUAGACAUAGAAUGUCCUGCAGCCUGUCACUGUGAUAGGACAACUGUAGAUUGCUCGGCCCGUGGUCUUAAAGAAAUACCGCGAGAUAUACCACUUUACACGACGGAGUUACUACUAAACGACAACGAACUCGGACGAAUUAAAUCUGAUGGCCUGUUUGGUCGUCUACCGAAUCUGAUCAAGUUGGAUCUAAGACGGAAUCACAUUACCGGUAUUGAACCCAAUGCAUUCGAAGGAGCAUCCAAGAUACAAGAUUUGUUACUGUCGGAAAAUAAAAUUCAAGAAGUUCACAAUAAAAUGUUCUUGGGUUUGCAUCAUUUAAAAUCACUAUCGCUUUAUGAUAACUCGAUAUCAUGUGUCAUGCCUGGGUCGUUCGACUUCUUAACAGUUUUGCAUACAUUGAAUCUCGCUGCCAACCCAUUCAACUGCAACUGCCACUUAGCAUGGUUCUCAGAUUGGUUACGUAAACGUUCACUCCUCGGACCAUCACCGCGUUGCGCCCUCCCCGCCAAAGUUCACGACGUACAAAUCAAAGAUUUACCACAUCAUGAAUUCAAAUGUACACCGGACAACAAUGAAGGAUGCCUGGGCGAAGGAUAUUGCCCACCAGCGUGUGUUUGUACAGGAACCGUGGUGCGAUGUUCACGCAACAAAUUGAAAGAGAUUCCCAAAGGUAUACCGGCGGAAACAUCCGAGCUGUAUCUGGAAUCCAAUGAGAUUACGGCUAUUCCGAUGGAUCGAAUCAGCCACUUGAAGUCAUUGACUAGAUUGGACUUGAGCAACAACCAGAUAACGAUGUUGUCCAACUACACAUUCGCCAACCUGACCAGGUUAUCAACACUAAUCAUUUCGUACAAUCGAUUGCAAUGUGUGCAACGUGACGCUCUCAGAGGUUUGAAGAAUUUGCGAGUCCUAUCGCUGUAUGGAAAUCAUAUCUCCAUGAUACCGGAAGGAUCAUUUGCUGACCUGCAAGCAAUCACACACAUUGCACUUGGCUCCAAUCCUCUCUACUGUGAUUGUUCGCUGAAAUGGUUCUCGGAUUGGAUUAAAUUGGAUUACGUUGAGCCGGGCAUUGCUCGGUGUGCCGAGCCUGAAUCGAUGAAGGACAAAUUGAUUCUAUCGACGCCAUCAAGUAAUUUCGUUUGCAAGGAGCGUGUAAGCAAUGAAAUUUUGUCGAAAUGCGAUGCGUGCUAUACGUUCCCGUGCAAAAAUAAGGCUCAGUGUAUGUCCACGGCCACGAAAAAUGGUGAACGUGAUUAUGAGUGCCGAUGUCAGCCAGGUUAUCAUGGAAAACACUGUGAAUUCAUGAUUGAUGCAUGCUACGGUAAUCCUUGUCGUAAUAAUGCAACAUGUACUGUCCUGGAGGAGGGACGGUUCAGCUGUAAAUGUCAGGCAGGAUACACUGGAGCGAGGUGUGAGACGAAUAUCGAUGAUUGUGUGGAGAACAAGUGCCUGAAUAAUGCAACAUGUAUUGACGGUGUCGAAUCGUACAAGUGUAGCUGUCAGCCUGGAUUUACUGGUGAAUUCUGCGAUACAAAAAUCAAGUUCUGUUCCGACGAGUUCCAGCCAUGUCAAAAUGGGGCGAAAUGCAUUGACCACUUCACCCACUACACGUGUGACUGCAUGCCAGGAUUCCAAGGAGCGAACUGCACCGAGGACAUAGACGACUGUCUGAAUCACAUGUGCCAGAAUGGAGGCACGUGCGUCGAUGGGGUCAACGACUACGUAUGCAAGUGUCCUGACGAGUAUACGGGCAAGUACUGUGAGGGUGCCCCCAUGGUGGCCAUGAUGUAUCCACAAACGUCGCCAUGUCAGAAUCACGAGUGUAAACAUGGCGUCUGUUUCCAACCGAACCCAUCGUCCGGGUCAGACUAUCUAUGCAAAUGCCAUCCCGGCUACACUGGCAAAUGGUGUGAAUAUCUCACCAGCAUCAGUUUCGUACAUAAUAACUCCUUUGUCGAAAUGGAACCAUUACGGACGAAACCUGAAGCGAAUGUGACAAUAGUUUUCAGUAGCACCCAAGAAAAUGGCAUCCUGAUGUACGAUGGCGAGAACGAGCACUUGGCCGUUGAACUGUUCAAUGGCAGGAUUCGGGUCAGCUAUGAUGUGGGCAACUAUCCCGUCUCCACCAUGUACAGCUUUGAAAUGGUUUCCGACGGAAAGUACCAUUUAGUAGAACUUUUGGCCAUAAAGAAGAAUUUCACGCUUAGGGUGGAUCACGGCCAAGCGAGAUCAAUAAUUAACGAAGGAUCAAAGGAUUACCUGAAAUUGUCAUCGCCACUUUAUUUAGGUGGAUUGCCCACGGAGCCUGGCGUGAAAGCUUACGAGAAUUUCCAUGUGAGGAAUUGGACGAGCUUUAAGGGAUGCAUGAGAGAGAUUUGGAUUAAUCACAAACUGGUGGACUUCAACAAUGCAGCCAGGCAGCAAAAAAUCACGCCAGGAUGUGCACUACUUGAAGGCGAUGAUGAUGAAGAAGAAAUGGAGGAUAUGGAAUUGAUGCAUGAGACACCACAUAUCUACAAGCAGGUGGAUCCGUGCGAAAACCACAAAUGUCGACGCGGCGGCCGAUGCAUACCAAAUAGUAGCGCUAAGGACGGAUACACAUGCAAAUGUCGACAAGGUGUUAAAGGGCGAUACUGCGACCAAGGUGAGGGCCUCGCUGAGCAGCCCGUCACAACUACUGUUGCAUCGACCUGUCGAAAGGAACAGGUACGUGAGUUCUAUACGGAGAACGAUUGUCGCUCGCGGCAACCUUUAAAAUAUGCCAAAUGCGUUGGAGGAUGCGGUAACCUGUGCUGUUCCGCGAAAAUUGUACGACGGAGAAAGGUGCGAAUGGUAUGCAGUAACAAUACCAAAUACGUUAAGAAUCUUGACAUAGUACGGAAAUGCGGAUGCUCAAAGAAAUGCUACUGACUGAAAGAUGCGACUACCCCUCGAACGAGUAAAAGUUUAGAUGUAAACCACAAUAUUAAGGACGACUACGACAGUGAGAAGCAGUACGAAAGCGACGAAAACGAUAGCAGCAGCGAAACUGUUAAUCAAAUCAGUAUAAGUGACAAAACUUCAGAUAGUGUUGAUUAUAAACAAUUAAGUAGUUAUGAUGAUAAUUUAAAUAUUAGUAAUAGAACCAUUAGUGAUAGAAUCGACAAGGAUAAUCCCAAUGAUGACAAUGAACAGGAGGAAAAGUUCCCUGAUAGUACAACAAAUAAAGAGGACGAUGUAGGGGAUGAUUAUGCCGGUGAGCAACAAGCGGAUGAUAGUGCUACGGAGCAUAAUUAUGGAAAUGACGAUAGUCAAGUCUUAAUAAGUCCCAGUGUUGACUUUUUCGAUGAUGAUGACUAUGACGAUGACUAUUCAGAUGAGGAAGAUGACGAGGAUACAGGGAGUAGGAAGGAGGAUUCAAAGUCUGCGUCUGAAAGCCGGCUCGAAGCAGGCGAUCAGCAGCAUGCUAGCUUCGCAAGUGAGGAGGGCAGUGGUGGAUAUGGAAGCGUUUAUAAUAAAUUUAGAAAUAAUUUAUACAACAAUCGAUUUAGGUUAGACUUUCUAGAAAAGUCUAAGACGAGACACCAAAAACAACAGAAAUUACUAAUUGAUGAUGAUGAGGACAGUGGUGCGAGCGACGAUAGAGUGAAUGGAGAUGACGAGGACCGUAAUGCUGAAGGCAGCGGAAAGUUUAUAAAUGAUGAUGAUGACGACGAUGACGAUGAUACUUUCUUUUCGUCAAAAAGGAAAUCAAGUAAUAAAUAUUUCCGAAAGAACGCAAAUGAUGCUAUCAAAAUCAUUUCCACUCCCAAUGGAAAAGUGGGCAUUGUUUACCAGCAAACGAACAGUGCCAAAGACCAUUCAGCUGGCUCCAGCAACAAGCACACAAUACUACCAUCUGUGGUCUCAUCAACCCAUGACCGGAAAAUGCCCUUGCAGAAAAUCACGCCUGUACUUACACCAGACGGCAAAGUGGCGCUGCUCUAUCGAGGCGCCUCAGAAAAUACUAAAUACGAGCCCAUACUCAAUCUUAGCCAUGCAUUUAAUUUUGACAAUAAAUCUAGUAAUGUAAAUAGUAUCAAAUCCGAUUUUGAGGACUCCGACGAAGAGUUGGAGACCUCAAUACCGGUAACAAUUCCUCCAACAGAGGAAGCCACAACAACUACAAGCCCUUCUCUAGCACCACCUAAAGAGUUUGAGAACUCAAUACUGCCAAGUAUAAACCGCCCUCUGUCUGAAGUUCUAGGCAUAAAAAAGAAUCAAUUCAAGCAAUUUAGGAUCAAAGAUAUUCCCACCUCAUCAACCACGCCUGAGCCCAAUGUUGCGUUGGCUACAACUGUGGAUCUGUCCAAAUAUUCCAAUGGCGGACAAACUCGGGACUAUAAUUUUGGUUUCGAUAUGUCUGAAUAUGAUGAUCAAAAUCAACGUAACAACCACUUGACACCACCAAGAUCCUCUGAUAUUAGAAUGAGCGAUUCAUCUCUGAUGGAGCCGACGAAAACAACCGCUGAACUCAUGUCAAAAGGUGAAGUUGUGAAUUUGGCGAUCAUUCCUCAUUUUGAUGAAGACUUUGAACGGCAACAACGUUUCCAUGAGGCCGAGACAAGAAAACAACAUCAUCGGCAACGACAUCGUCACCGACAUCUCAAUCAGGACCUUUCCAAUAUACAUUGCAUUAUGCAAGCUAUGAUGGGAGUAGCAGCAGUUUCUACAGUAUUUGGUAUGCUUGGAGCAAUUUUCAAGCAACGAAUUCUUGAUCAAAUACGCCUGAUGCAUUGGUGACGGUAGAAGUACCUGGUCCGUACUAACGGACCUGUAUUUUACAUGUUUCGCAGGAGCUAAGUCAUAUGUCCUACUCUAUCCUUUGUCAUGCCCUUGGGUAGGCCUAGUAAGGAUGGACUUAAUGCGCGUUAAGCGUUCAUGAGCCAUGACACGGGGAUGGGUGCAGAACAAACCCUAUGCGUGGUGCAAGUAUAAAAUUGAGUGGCCAGUCUUUGGCGUCCCUGUGAAAUGAAAGCCGAUAAUAUUCAGAAAGUAAAGGUACAUAACGUAACAUAUAUAUAUAUAAAUAUAUAUUUGAUAAAGAAAGUAGUUCAAGAGCUUCAUCGCCUUAUCGUACAAUAAAUAAUUUAAUGACAAAUAUUUAAUAUUGAUAUUUCCAAAAAGCAACAGUAUGGACUAGAUAUAAACAUUAAAUGUGUUUUGUGAUCGUCAUAACUAACAAGUAAACAUGUUAACGGUAGCUAACUAAUAACUUCACAACAAGAAAUCAUUAAAAAUGAAAUACUAAUAAUUGUUUGGUGGUAAGCAAUGAAUGGCGGCUUGAAAAUUGUCUAAUUAUUAUAUAAGAUAAAAUUCCAAGGAAAUGGUUUUCAUGGAAAGCUAAAACUUUUCGCCAAUCUUGCCGAUGAUUGAACACGAUUAAGUAAUAAACUGGGAGAUUCAUGACAUUGAUUCUCUGAUAAAAUUAUCCGUUUCCAAAAGAACGAUCCUCAAUAGUCAGAAAAAGAUAUGAUAAAUUUUCACUGACAAAUCUUAACUCGAGACUGACAAAGUUUUUUUUACGUAGAAAGCAAAUAAUCUCGAAUAUUGCUAUCUAUCUUUAAAAUAAACCAAAAGCAAAUUUAAUCCAACACGUCGAAACCAACAAUUGUCCUUGCAUUCGGAUAGAUUCGUCUGACUGAUCGAACAGAUACUUCAAUUGAAUUUAAUUUAAAAAAAA